AUUUUAUUUGGUUUAAACAAUUUCUUUUUUUAUUGUUAUUUCUCAACAAAGCGAACUUCGCACCUUUACAGCGUGAUAAAAUUGUGAACUUUUAGUUAAAAAAAAAACAAAUAAUUAAAAGUAAGUGGUGUAAAUCAUAAAAAAACGGCACAGUAGUUAAUUAGUUACAACAUUUUCAAAGCCGCAAAAGAAAGUAUUAAUUUUUGGGAAAUUUGCUUGUGUCAUUUCGUUUUAAAUCGAUUAAAAUUUAUAAAUUAUUCAAUGUUAAAAGUUAAAUAUUGAGCAUUGACCCAAUACAGAAGAAGGGGAUUAUAAAAAAAACUUGACAAAAGUUCCGAUUUCUCAUUACAACGUAACAUUCCAGGGGCUAAACAUCCCUCUUAUUAAACAACAACCAACAAUAUACAGCUGACAUUUAAAUAAAAAUAUAUAAACUAGUACAAACACUUGUCGAGGAUCCCACAUUUACUAUAAAAAACAAUCAACCCCUCCCUUUGCUGCAUUGUAAAAGCAAAUACAAUUGAAAAUUAAAGCCAGUGUCUUAGAGUAAUUGUAAAAUUAAUACAAAUUAAAUUGUUUCCUAUAUUAAAAAAAAAAAAUAAAAAAAAACGAAAGAAUAGUAGUUGCUUUAAAAACGUCAUAGACACCAACAACCUUAAACCUUGAAACACACAAAAUGCUGUCUCGUUUACGUGAUUUUCUAACGCGUCAUCGCAGGAAAUUUGUUAUUACCGGCGUGGUAGUUGGUGGCACAUUUAUUGCUUUAAAAUAUGCCCAAAGGAAACUUAUCGAAAUGCAAGAACGACAGGCUAGAGAAUUUAUGGAGAAGACACGUCGCAUGCAGCAUUUUGAAUCAACAGAAAAGACCUGUAAUCAGGUAAUAAUUGGCAUGGGAGCCGAACUAAUGCAGGCCAUUUUAAAGGAGUGCAGCACAGAUGAGUUGCUGGAACAAUUGCGUGAAAAUCCUCCCAACAAACUGGAAUUGUGGGAAGAAAUGAAAAUAGUCUCCUUUACACGUUUAACCACCUUCAUUUAUGCCUCCUCCAUGUUAGUGGUGGCCCUGCGCAUACAAUUGAAUCUAUUGGGUGGCUAUUUAUAUUGUGAUACAGUGUCUUCAUUAGCAGGAGAUCAGGGGAAACCCGCUCAGCCACAAAAAAUCAAUGACGAUUUGAAACAAGAAUAUCUUUCUCUAAUCAGACAUUUUAUACAAGAUGGUGGCCUCUCAGAAUUGGUACGUUUGAUUAGAGCUAAGGUGAUAUCAGUGGUGAAACAAUUGCCCUUGACCAAACGUUUCAGUUUAGCCGAUGUGGAACAAUUGUUUUGGUCCCUACAAAUGUCCAUAAAUAGUGAUCCUAGCACGGAUCCCUGUUCGAAAAUGUGCAAAUACUUGCUGCCCUCCCAACUAACAGACUAUGCUCAAGGUAAUCCUUUGCUGGAGAAAAUCUUUAACGAAACUUUGGAUCUUCUGGAGAGUGAUGAUGCCAGCAGUGUUUGUUCCAACAAUAUUUGCCGAGGUUUCUCCCUGGCCGUCGAUGCCAUAGCCGAAAGUAUGAGUGAAACUGUAACAUUAGCUCAAAAACUACAAACAUCGGAAAGCACUACACAGACAAACGCUGCAAAUAGCCCCGAUGCCCUGCUUAAUAUAAAUAGCGUACAAAUAGCUUUAGCCAAAAUUAUACCCAUAGUCAGCGGUUUGACUUCGAAAGGAUUUGACAGCACCACGCGUCCCCAAAAUUUAGCCACCUCGCUAAUAACCUUCUAUGUGGUGUCAGAGAAAUGCAAAGUGUUGGGUGCCAAUGUUUAUGAAACAUUUUCUUCGGCGUAAAAUCCCUGAAAACAUUUUAUUUUCUAUUACUUUUGUUUUUUUUUUUAGUUUUAUUUUUGUAUGAUGUUUAUUAAACGAGAAAUUUGUUUAUAAAUAUGUAUAUUAAAUUAUCACAAACAAAAAAUAUAACUUUGUGCUUCAAGUUGUAAAAAAUUAUGUAUAAUUUUCUUUCUGCUAUUGAAUAAAAAAAGAAGUAAUUAAUGGUAUUUUUAGUUUAAAUGGGGUUUUAUUUAUAUUAUAUUUAUAUUACUUUAUGUGACAGUGAGAUUACUAUUUAACAAAAUAAAUGAAUAAUUAAAAA